AUGUCUGAAUUAAAAUUUCGGGAGGUGCUGCCCAAGCAAGGUGAGUGACUUUUCCCAGCAUUCAUCAAAGUGCACUUGCCAAGCUUUUCAAGUGGCUGUUGUUGUGUCUCCUGUGCUUACCCCUUGUGAUCCCCCCUUCUUUUUGCCAAGUUACAAAGGUUGCAUGGGGUUUCACCUUAUCACACUACAAGUCGGCAGCACUCUUAGGGUUGUGUCUCUGGCAAAUUCUUUAUCAGCACUGCAAGAUUUUAUAUCCUGCACUUUCUCCCCACAGCGUGAUUAGGGCAGCUAACAGGAUGCAAUUUGGUGAAAUCAUAGCCAGUAUACGAUACUAUAAUUUGAGGACAAUUACAAAAAACAGUGCCUGAAUGUACCUAUUGCCUUCUGGAGCUCUGGACAAAUACAACUGUAUUCAAAUUCCAUCAGAACACGAGCAGGGAAGGGGACUGUCUGGAGAGACAGGGUGCUAACACAGAAGCAGCCCUCUUGUGCAUUCUCACCUUCCUAGGCAUCCACAGCAAUGGUAUUGCAAGAAGAGUCUCUUCCUGAUUGUAAACUGUGCAUUGGGGCAUACUGAGAAAGGUGUUCCUUCAAGUACUUGGGCGCCUAGUACUUAAGAUAUCUGUAUAAUAGUACCAAUACUUAAUAGUACCAAUACCUUAAAUUGGACCAGGUAGCUCACCAGCAGCAGUUAAAUACUCUCAGAAUUGAUGUGAUGUUCUCUCUGGCCAUCUACAGAUGUCUGAGAAACAUUACAUUGCAGGGAUUUUUCCAUGUAAGGAAAUAUGUUGUUAAUAUGUAACACAGGAUCAGACAUGUUACUUCAAGGUAACAGUUUACCACUGGCCUUGUUACAAUGUUGAGAUCUGAAUGCUUCCUUACGGAGGAUUAUGGAGCCUUUAUUCUUCUCUUCAUAGAAAGUAGCCUGUUUUAUAACUAUUAAUAGUUUUACACCUGUUCAGCUCUUUCAUGCUCUGCAUCCUGUAUUAUAUAUCUCCCCUUAAGUAUUUAAGAAGGUGAAUAGAUUAGGUUCUUUCAGCAAGGCUUGCCCUUUGGCCCUUAUAUUGGAGCAUAUUUGUGCUAAGGGGCUAGUAUCACACUUGAACUCCAUUUUUUUAGUGCAGGUACACAAAUGGCCCAAUAAUAUGAAAAGCUUUGAUGCAAGUACUAUACCAGUGGCUGCCAAAAAUAUGAGGUGCUUAAAUGGAGACUUCCAUGUGUACUGCUCUACACAGCUGUCAUAUUUCACAGCUGAAUAACUCGGAGAAGUGGGUUUGGUGGCAUCCACAUGGAACUGUAGUGUUUGAACUUGCAGAUAUAUUCUUGAAUAUAUAUUUUAUGAGCUUUGUAAUUAUCUUUGGUUUCUCAAUUUUUCUUGUUUUAGGGAUGUUAGCAGUAGAAGAUGUGACUACUAUGGUGUUAUGCAAGCCAAAGCUGCUACCUUUAAAGUCAGUUACCUUAGAAAAGCUUGAGAAAAUGCAACGUGAAGCACAGGAAACUAUUCGACAGCAGGAACUACUUGCUCAGCAAUGUUCAAACUCUGAAUUCAUUCAAUAG